AAAAUGAACAAGGUAUCGUAUCGAACAUGGCGCGGCGCCACAUUUGAUUUCUCGACUGGAUCCUGGCCAAAUUGUAGCUCAUAAUUAACGAAUGUGUCACUGAUUGAUUACACUGUUUGUGGUAUAUGUGUAGAAUUACUGAGUGACUUCGGUGACUGAUAUUGUUCAAAGAUUGAGAUAGCAGAGUGGUCUUAACUUGGUCAAAAAUGUUGAUGCGAGUUCCUUCCAUCGGUUAACUCUUGUCAGAUCAGCCGACUCUGCUGGCGUGGAAGUGUGGCAAUGGCCGAUGAGCCUUCGUAGGUUCAGUUGACUGAGCUGAGCUGAGCCGUAUCACAAAACCAGACGAGCAAUGCAAAUCAAUGGAAAUGGAAAUGGAAAUGAAAAUGACAGUACAACAAACGAUUUUUGGCUCUCAUAUUAAAGGUUAUGACUGUCACUUUUAGCUGCCGCAAUGGAAACUACACCAACGAGCACCCAGGCUAGAUAUGUCAGCCAGGGGUGUCAGAAGCACACAAAACUCAGGCACAGACCGUUGCAGUUUGUAUAUGAUUUCAAAUCUGGCCAACACUCGGUGCAUUCCAACACUUCACUGACAUCCCUCUUCGAAGAGAGCUCCCUCUGUAGUUCUCUUGGAGAGGUAGAUACCAGCUGGUUCGACAGUGAAAGAUGGACAUCAAACGACGAAACCAAGUGGAAAAAAGAGGACAUUCUAAAGACCCCACAAGCAAGCCAAAGAGAAAACAAAGCCUGCUCCACCCCUGGGUUGUUCACUCCUGAUGGGUUGUCUCCUGUUGCUAGGCGCGGGCACAAAGAUUACCCAGAUUGCCACCCCCUGCCAGAUGACGAGUCUGCAUCCUCUUUUCUACGACCGAAAAGGUUCAGGAAAGUCCCCAGCAGCAUCCACACGACUCCAAACUCUCAAAUCAUCACUUCGCACCAGCCCACCAGUGGUCCAACAGCAGAGACCAUUGAGGAGGAGGAGGAGGAUAAGGGUGAGGUUGCACAGUCUGCAGAUAUCCAGUUCAGUCCGUACCCCACCUGGAACCCCACCUUCCAUAAGGACACGCCUGUCUUCAUGAAGCAGCUCUUCAAGACUCCAUCCACAUUGUUUGGUGCAGGGGACAAGCGGGCCUGCAGCACACCGCUUCAGCGUUUGUCUACCCCUCAGAGGUUGUCCAGAAGUCUUGGUGCUGAACCGGAGGAGUCCGACCUCUCCUGGACCAGUUCCCUGGCAACCCCUCCAAUGAGUUCAAAGGGAUGUAAAACAGUCACGAGCUCCACCAAGAAAGUCAUUGAAGACGAUAGCUGGCAAACACAUGAUGUUGCCAAGGUUCUCUUCCAGGACGGGGGUUCUGUGGUUGAGAUGGAUAGCUCUGAAGAGGGAGAUGAGGGAUUGACCCAACCUCUGCAGGUCAUCAAGCUACCUUCUAUCACUGAUGAGAGCCAGGAAGAAGAGUUCACCAUAGAAACGGAGGAUGGUGGAGAAAGUGAUAAGAGUAUAGCAGAUGGGAGCAAAGCAAUUGCAGCGCUGGGGAAUGAACAAUGUAGUCGUUUUGACGUUGUUGGUGACGCCACGUCGCCAGAUAAUCUCAAGAACGAUCAGGCUGGCACUCGAACGGGGACGGACAACUCUCUUAUACCACCUACUACCUCAGUACAAUCCUCCACGACAGACAAUAGAAAGCCACAUCUUGCCAAAGAUGAAGAACAUGAGAGCUUCAGUGAAUGUGCAGUCCCUGAUCAGUACAUGGAAGAAAAAUCAUCCGUCCGAGAAAAAGUUGAGGAUAUGGACAAUGCAGCUGAAUUGAAAUCCAGGACAAUUGCAAAUGGAGAGUGCACAGACACCAAUGUACCUUCAAAACUUGCUCAUGGAUCUCAUAGCAUGAAGAAUCAUCUACAUGUCCCUAUUCAACCUGCAAUGUCAUCUCAACAAAGUUCCAUCAUUGGGAGUAGUCAGACUCUGUUCAACUCACAAGAAAGUAUUAAGAAUGAGAAGUCUGCAAUAGAAGAGACACUAGCAUUCCUUCUAGCUACACCUCCAAGCAGGAGAGAGAAACUGCUCAACCGCUUGGGUGCCUCUAGCAGUGGGGUAGGUGAAACUACCACUUUUGAGAAGGCUGCUUGUGAUGCAGCAGGCUCAACCUUAGAUAGAAGGAGUGACUCACCUGUCACUGGCAAUAGUGUCCCAAAGAAAAGCAUUUCAGAUGAUACUCUGAUGAGUCCUCCUGUAGGCAUAUUAUGGAAGCAAACAAUAUCUGGACAUCUCUCUGGUGGGCCAGAAAGAAAUUCAUUGGAAUCUGAAUGCAGUGUUGAUGCUAAAACUAAUGGGCAAGUAGGGGAGACACCGAACAGACCUGCACCAGAUGUGGAUAUGCUAUCACCGAUUUCACCAAACUUCGCAGAAGCUCUCUGUAGAGUUACCGACAUUGCCUCCAGGGAACAACCUAGUGGUAAUAAGAGCACCCUUACAGUUCAGAAGUGCCUUGAGGUAGAGAGAAACCUGAUAGGUGACUUUGACAGUCCUGAUUCUGACACAACAAGAAGCCCCAUAAAGGUUGUAGAUCAAUCAAGGUCAGAGGAUUGUACUGACAUUGUGGUAAAGAAAACCUUACACCCCACCGAGACAACCGGGAAAAAUGCAAUAGCAGUGCACCUUUCUGCACCGAUCACUUCAAGUCUUCCCUCAAGUGCAAAUAACAAGCUUCCAAAACAUCUGUCAAAGCAAGAAACAAGUCCAGUGGUGCCUCCAUCCAGGUCUUUAGCCAUCAGCAAUCUCAAUACACAAACUGCCGCCAAAGGACGGUUUAAAUACACAGCAGCAGUGCCAAGAAAGGAUGGAGCAAGUACAUCCAAGACGCCAAGCUGGCUGUCCCGAGCUGUUUACGUAGAGGAAGAUGAGGAGGAAGACAAGACGGCAGGCGCAGUGCAGGCAGACACUAUAAAGGAUGAAUCAUCCAAGAAGCCAUGGACAAUGAAGAGGCCUUGCCGAACAGCAACAACAUUCAAAACUUUUUCAACAUUUUGCAAGACAGCACCGAACCCUCCAUCUACAUGUAGCACUCAAAGCCAGACUGGCCUCAGAACAAGCACCACACCUACAUCUAGCAGGUCAAUUGUCCAAAGUGCACCACCACAUAACAAGACAUUGGUAAGGAUCAGAGAGAUUCCGCAUAGCUGGCCAUCACCGAAGCGAUUAAGACUGGAUGAAGAGAGAGAAGAGUGUCCCAUCGGAAGUGACCUCAAGAGCCUUUCUUCAGCUGUGGAGGAACAUGAUGGAGAAAUUACGAAGUCAACUCCUCUGGAAAGUGAUGUGAAGUUGCACCAUGUGCAAGAUUUGGUGAAAGGCGAAGAGGUCACUGAACAAAAAGGUCUUGGAGAUUUCCAUGACAAAGUCAACUCAAGCGAUCAUGCGCCAUCUUCAGAAGGAGAUCUUCAUCAGAUGGCUCCCAAUGUUGGAUUCUCAAGUGCCAGUGGUAAAGCCAUAUUUGUCUCACCUGAAGCCUUGAAGAAAGCUGAAAGACUCUUGGAGGAUGUUGACAGGGAAAAGCCACCUGAAGAAUUUCAACUCAAUUUAUCGUCUGUAGACCACCAAUGUGGGUUUCAGAGUGCGAGCGGGAAGUCCAUUGCAGUAUCAGAUGCUGCACUGUCUAAAGCAAAGAAAAUCAUUGCUGAAGUAGAUUCACAUGAUGAAGAGAUUGAUGAUUCCAGUGAGAAACAGCAAAUAUCUUUAGGAUUUACUUCUGCAGGGGGCAGUGUUAUCAACAUCUCAGCAGCUGCCAUGGCUAAGGCAAGAAAGAUAAUGAAGGAAAUCAACCAAGAUGAAGAAUCCAAUCCCACUUUACAUGAAAGAAAGGAUGGACAAACUUAUGCAAAACACCAUGUGGAUGGAGGUGGAGAUGGGAGUAGGAUACACAAUGAAGAAGUUGUGGACAAGGUGAGCUUGCCAGGACAUGCUUCACCGAGAGGAAAAGCAGAUGGUAGACAGCGUCAUAAAGGAUUCCGUCCAUUCAAGCCACCAUGUCUGGUUGCAAAUAUCCAGAUACCAUCUAAUUUGCCUUCACCAACAAGCAUCUCAUCCAUGAACCAGAAUAGUGCAAUCGAUGUCAUAAAAGAAUCAGAAAGAGGAGAAAGCCUUGAGAUGUAUAAAGACAGUGUUCCAGAUGAUUUGCAGACACCUUUUAAGCAAGGAAAUGCAGUGAUGCCAGAGCUUCAGAGUACCACAUUGCAACAUGAGCAGAAGAUUGAAACAUCUCAAAGCAGCAUCAUUCUGGAACAAACCCAGGACAACCGGGAAAAUACAGACAGUAUGAAUGGACAACCUGUUGACAAUGGGGAACUUGAAAUUUCUGAAGAUGAAUGCCUGUCUACCUCACAGGCUGCUAGAGAGAUCAAAGCGGCAGAGGAGAUGGAGCUAGUCUAUAAUUUCAUGCAGGAAGAGGACACAGGAUUCUCUCAACUUGAUGUGUCUUCGAUUGUGGCAGCUGAUCGUACUGAGAAAGGAGCAGCCCAAAUUCUGAAAUGGACAGACAAGCAUAGAAAUCCCAUCCAGAAAGAGGGGGGACAUGCAUCUAAUUGUUAUGAGCAUCAGGAGAUGUCCCAUCAUGUCAUAGAGCCUGCCCAAACACAAGACUUCUCUAAUGAACAUAUUGGUCAUUUCAUUGUGCCUGAAGACCAGCAUCAAAGAGAUGCACCCAUUGGGAUUACCAGGGAGUCCACAAAUAGGAAUGAAGAAUCACCUGCAGGCAAUCUGCACAAAGAGAGUCAACAUGGUGUGGCUUUUGUACAGAGCCACUCAUUAUCAAGGUCUUGUGGACCUGAACAAAACCUACCUUCUCCAAAAUGUGCUAGGAAAGAGACUCAAGACAUAUAUUACCUAAGGCCAACCGAAGAGGACGACACACAUGAGACCGAAGCACCUGUUGCAGACCUUUCUAUGAACACUGUCAGGCAGCUCAUGGAUGAUAGCUCCAUCCUGAUAGAGGAGUCAGAUAGAGUUGGUACCCUUAGUAGGAAACAUGAAGUGCAAAAGGAGCAGAUCAGUCAAGUGGACAGCCAUACAGCAUAUCAAGGUAAUGCCGAUUCUACUAUAGUAUUCAAAACUGCGCAGGGACAGAGAGACGAGCCAGGGUCAAGAAUGGACGACAACAACGUAGGAGGACAUGACCCCGUUGGUUUCAAGACAGCUGGAGGAAAGAAAAUUCAGGUUUCAAAAUCAGCUCUGCAGAAGGCUACUUUACUACUCUCUGAUUGCAACUCAGAUGUAGGAACAUUGAAGGGAAGCAGUUUAGAAAUAUCUGAUAAGUUGUUAAACCAGCUUAUUCCAACUUCAUCAGCCCAAGAUAUUUGCAUAUCAGAUGCCACAACUCUUGCGGAAAAUGUCGAACUUUGUAAGAGUGAGGAUCAGAAUGCCAAAGCUUCAGAGUGCAUACCUCCAGGUGAUGUCUUACAAAGGGAAGGAAUGAUAACUCAUAUUAACAGUGGUUGUCCAGUCAUAAGAAAUGACAGCACGUCUGUUGAUGAACACCCUCCAUCUACUCUGUCCAGUUCUUUACCUGCACUCUGUCAGGUUGGUUUUCAGACUGCUGGGGGAAAGGAUAUCAAGAUAUCAGAAUUAGCUCUGCAGAAGGCAAAACUGGUCAUCGGUGAAAAUGAUGAGAAUCCUGUGGACCAUUCCUUUGACUCUGGAUCUGAUGCACACUUUUCUGCAAGCAGGCAAGAUUCUGUGAGUGUAGGUUUCCAGACAGCACGAGGUAACAAAGUUCAUGUGUCAAGGUCUGCAUUGAGAAGGGCCAAACAGAUUCUUGAAUCCGAUAUAGAAGACAUUCGUGAAUGUUCUCCAAGAGUGUCUCCUAUGUUACAUCCGAACACCAGUGACUCUGAUACAUCACAAAAUGCAACAUGUAAAAUGGACAACAAUCAUAAAACUGUUCAGUCAGAGCAGGUGCCACAGAAAUGUUCAUCAGUCACUUCAACUGGACUAUUCCCAAAGACUGUUGGUUUUCAAACAGCAAGUGGGAAUUCUGUUACAGUGUCAGAGGAUUCCUUGUGCAGAGCUAGGCAACUUUUUGCAGAAUGUGAUGCUGUAUCUGGAACAUCCUCAAAUACUGAGAGUGGCCUUAAAGCUGCCAGAAGUCCGAAGGCUCUGGGGUUCCAAACUGCAAGUGGUAGCAAAAUCAAUAUAUCAGACGAUGCUCUUCAGAAGGCAAGGAGACUGAUUUCCCAUGAGAGUUUUGAAGAAGAAGAAGCCAUUGGAAAUGCUACAAAGGGUUCCAUAUCUAACCCAAUUCCUACAAUUGUUGGAUUCAAAACAGCUAGUGAAAACUGUGUUGAGAUAUCUGAGGAAUCACUACUGAAAGCGAGGCAGUUUAUGGCCAGUGAUACAGACUUGGGUGAUAGGAGAGAUACUGCUCACCCAGACAACUUAGUAAGUGGUGCUACAGAUAUGAAUUCAGAGGUACCCUUUCCCAAAGAAAGGCAAGGAAGAUCAAGCCAUGAAGACUCAUCUGAUAAUUCUUCUGCCCAAAGGGGUUCAGUUGGUACCAAGAACUCAGCACCAGGACAGAUUGGCUUCCAGACAGCUAGGGGAGGUGCCAUUUCUGUUUCAGAUGAAUCUCUCAAGAAGGCAAAGCAGCUGUUGGAAAAUGAUGCCCAAGAUGGAAAUGUACAGAAGAAACGAGAGAUGAAACAGACUGGGGUUGUAUCAUCCCCACCCAUGACUGGCUUUCAAACUGGCAGUGGAAAGUGCAUCCAUAUCUCCAAUUCUGCAAUUCUGAAAGCUAAGCAGUUGCUAUCAAAUGAUUUCGAUGAAUAUGAAGACCUACCUGAUGUUGAAGCUUCUUCAGCUCCUAGCAACAAACACCCAGGACCUGUAGAGUUGGAGGUUAGUUUUCAAACGGGAGGUGGAAGAAGGAUUCAGGUCUUACAAUCAUCCCUGAUGCAAGCAAGGCAUGUGUUGUGUGAUGAAAAGGAUGCCAACCAAAAUGUGCUGAAAUCUGAAUCCAGUGGUCAAAGAAAGAAGGAUAAUUCAGAACAUGUAGAUAUGGAUUCUGAUGAGAGUCAUGAGACUGAUGCACUACCAGUUCAAAACAUGGUACAGGGCUUUCAAACUGGACACGGAAAGAAAGUUCAAGUUUCUGAGGCAUCCCUUCAAAGAGCAAAGCAAUUUUUAGCUGAUGAGACUGAUGCACUACCAGAUCAAAACAUUGUACAGGGCUUUCAAACUGGACACGGAAAGAAAGUUCAUGUUUCUGAGGCAUCCAUUCUAAAAGCAAAGCAGUUCUUAGCUGAUGAGAAUGAUGGAUCACCAGAUCAAAGUGUAGUCUUAGGCUUUCAAACAGGACGUGGAAAGAAGGUUCAGGUUUCUGCGGCAUCUCUUCAAGAAGCAAGACACUUCCUAACCGAUGACACUGCUCCAUUACAAGAUCAAAAUAUUGCAGUUGGCUUUCAAACAGGGCAUGGAAAGAAAGUUCAGAUUUCUGAGGCAUCCCUUCUAAAAGCAAAGCAGUUCUUAGCUCAUGAGAAUGAUCCAUCACCAGAUCAAAGUGUAGCCAUUGGCUUUCAAACAGGACAUGGAAAGAAGGUGCAGAUUUCUGAGGCAUCCCUUCUAAAAGCAAAGCAGUUCUUAAGUCAUGAGAAUGUUGCAUCACCAGAUCAAAGUGUAGCCAUUGGCUUUCAAACAGGGCAUGGAAAGAAGGUUCUGAUUUCCGAGGCAUCCCUUCAAAGAGCGAAGCAAUUCUUAGCCGACGAUACUGAUGAAAUACCAAAUAAAAACAUUGCAGUUGGCUUUCAAACUGGACACGGAGAGAAAGUGCAGAUUUCAGAGGCAUCCCUUCAAAAAGCAAAGCAAUUCUUAGCUGACGAUGCUGAUGCACUACCAGUUAAAAACAUUGCAGUUGGCUUUCAAACUGGACACGGAGAGAAAGUGCAGAUUUCAGAGGCAUCCCUUCAAAAAGCAAAGCAAUUCUUAGCUGACGAUACUGAUGCACUACCAGUUAAAAACAUUGCAGUUGGCUUUCAAACUGGACACGGAAAGAAGGUGCAUAUUUCUGAGGCAUCCCUUCUGAAAGCAAAGCAAUUCUUAGCUAACGAUACUGAACCACUACCGGAUCAAAGUGUAGCCAUUGGCUUCCAAACGGGGCAUGGAAAGAAGGUUCCGAUUUCGGAGGAAUCCCUUCAAAAAGCAAAGCAAUUUUUAGCUGACGAUCCUGAUGCACUACCAGAUAAACGCAUCGCAGUUGGCUUUCAAACUGGACACGGAAAGAAGGUUCCAAUUUCGGAGGAAUCACUUCAAAAAGCAAAGCAAUUCUUAGCUGACGAUACUGAUGCACUACCAGAUAAAAACAUUGCAGUUGGCUUUCAAACUGGACACGGAAAGAAGGUGCAGAUUUCUGAGGCAUCCCUUCUGAAAGCAAAGCAAUUCUUAGCUAACGAUACUGAACCACUUCCAGAUCAAAGUGUAGCCAUUGGCUUCCAAACAGGGCAAGGAAAGAAGGUUCAGAUUUCUGAGGCAUCCCUUUUGAAAGCAAAGCAAUCCUUAGCUAACGAUACUGAACCACUACCAGAUAAAAACAUUGCAGUUGGCUUUCAAACAGGACACGGAAAGAAGGUUCAGAUUUCUGAGGCAUCCCUUCAAAUUGCAAAGCAGUUGUUAGCUCAUGAGAAGGAUGCAGGAACUGAUGCACUUUCAAAGAAUUCUGCUGUCCCUGGUGAAGCGAAUGAAAAUCCACUCUCUGGGAAACCCUCUAAGAUGUCAGGAUUCAUGACAGGGGAAGGAAGAAAGAUCCAAGUCUCGGAGGCAUCUCUUCAACAAGCAAGGAACUCACUUGGCUCCCAGGCAAUUAGGAAUGAUAUCGGCGGAGAACUCAGUAAUGGAACGCUACCUCACGGAGAGCAGCAGCCAACUCUCGCCUCGAGAGAUGAUGGUGAUCACUCGACUCACCAAAGGAGAGAUUUGAAAGAAGAGCAUCAUCAACAAGAAAGGAUAAGAAAGUCAUCUAGAGGUGAUGGCAGUCUUGCCACGCCAUCAAAUCUACCUGCCCCAGGGGGGCUUGCAAAGAAGAGUAUGGUAGACACGAGGAACAGACAACGUAACCAGCAGAGAAACAAGGGGACAGGCAGCCGCGGAACUGGACAAAAACCAUACAAACCUCCAAGAAGAGUUGAUGACAAGGGAUCUACCUCUGCCAAAGGCUUGAUUCCUAAAUCUUCCAACCAAACAGUUGUUUUGAAUGAUAGGACAAACCAGUGUAAAGCUCUUCAGUCAUCCCCGCCCACAAGCCCAAGUACCAGCAGCCAUUCUGUGAGUGAUGGAAGCCUGCAUCCAGCAGAUCCCUUUGUGAAGUCAUAUCCAGAUCAGUGUGCAACCAACCAAUCACAGAGCCAGCUUGAAGCCACACCCACUAUAGUGGAAGGGGUGUGUUCAUUUGUGGCUAGGUGGGCUGAAGCGCGAAGAGCACAGCAACAACGGAUCGAUGCAAAAAGGAAGAAAGUCAUCAAGCCUGAACUAGGAAGCUUGUGGCGAUCUAGAAAAGAGCAGGACCGUAUCAGUCUCGGAGAGUUUGUGAAUCAUCAGUAUCCCUGCUCUAUGUCAGACUCUGAGUUGUUUGGUCAUGGAAUCCUGUCCAGCACGUUAUCUGUUAGGCCCAGCAAUGCGGAAGGGUACGAGUUUGCAGGAGAGGACCACUUCAGUCCAUCAUGUCUGGAGAGUGAUAAGGGGAUUCCCCUGGACGAUGCGGGUAGACUGGUGCUCAGUCCCAAUGGCCUCGCCGGAAAGAAGGAAUUCCACAGUGCUCUGCUCGACACCCCAGGUGUAGACCCCAAACUGCUGAAGGAAGAAUGGGUGUUUAACCACUACAAGUGGAUCAUCUGGAAAGCAGCUACCAUGGAAGUUGCGUACCCUCUCCAGCUUGGUGGAAGAUUCUUGACACCGAACUGGGUCCUGCUUCAGUUGAAGUACCGCUACGACAGAGAGAUAGACCACAGUCAACGCCCCGCCCUGAGGAAGAUCCUUGAGAGAGAUGACGCAGCGUCUAGGAGAAUGGUCCUCUGUGUAGCAGCUAUUGGGAACCCAGGAUCUUCAGCAGGACAUGACGGAAAGGGUGCAGAACAACGAAAGAGUUUGCAAGCCGUAUCCCACCCUACACUAGAGCUGACCGAUGGCUGGUACAGCAUCCCAGCUGCCAUUGACCCACCCCUUGCAAACCAUGUCAGGUCUGGCAGGAUUGUUUGUGGUACCAAGCUGUGCAUAUCUGGAGCAGAACUGGUUGGAGCACAAGAUGCGUGCUCUCCUUUAGAGAUUCCUGAGGGUCUGAAAUUGAAGAUAACAGCUAACUCCACCCGGCGUGCCCGCUAUGAUGCCAGGCUGGGUCUCCAGGCUGACCCCCGACCUUUCCCCCUCCCUAUGACCUCUCUGCAUCCAGAGGGUGGUACUAUAGGGUGUUUGGAUGUUCUCAUCCUCCGGACAUACCCCAUGCAGUUUAUGGAAAAGCUUCCCGAGGGGGGCAGUGUGUUCCGCAAUGCCAAGGAAGAGGCGAAGGCAGCUGCUCUGCACGCUAGUCGGAAACAGAACAAAAUGGAGCAGCUCUUCACACAGAUCCAAAAGCAGUUUGAAGCAAAGCAGGCUACUAAAGGUCAAGGAGGUAAAAGGAGACGAUCUUUGCCCUCGUCCAGGAGCAGGAAUCCUGUGGAAGUCGAGAAACUACAGUCGGGUGAAGAACUGUUUGAAGCUAUGGAAGCCGCUAUUGAUCCUGCUGCGUUUGAGUCUGUUCUGAGUGAGCGUCAGUGUUCCACCCUCCAUGCCUACAGAAGACUACAGAAUGAGGUGAAACAAGCCGACCUGCAAGCUGCUUUUAAUCGAUCUCUUGCUCAGCAAAAUAAAGAGGGCAAGUUUGAAAGAACAGUAGUCCCUCUCAUGAAGGUUCGUGUAGGAGACUAUAAUGCUUCCACCAGCAAGGGGCAGCAGACAACUUUCCUGACACUAUGGCGACCUCCAGAUGAUCUUGUGACCGAGCUUGUUGAAGGGAAAAGGUUUCGAAUAUCAUCCGUAGCUACUUCAGCAGGAAGGAAUAUGCCUGGGAUGUGUCCUGUUCAGCUAGCCUCCACCAGAGCCACCCGAUACGAGGAACUCCCUGCUGCCAGCCUCAAACUGCAGAGAAGCUACAUACCAAGGGCAGCUGCCUCGAUGCAGUGGCUGGGGAGAGGCUACACACAGGCAGCGUACGGUGAGCUGGAUGCUGUAGGGAUAGUGGUAUCAUUGGAUGAACCCAGCAGGUCGCAUCCAGGAAGCUCACAAUAUCAUGCAGUUUACCUAGCUGAUCAAGAUGCCGCUGUCAUGGUCAUCAAAUUCUGGACUAGCCCUUCAGCUCUCAACCUGGAUGACAUGCUCAAGCCAGGCUCCUUCAUCUCGGUCAGCAACCUCCAGUACCGCUCACUCUCCAGCACCCUGUCAGCGGUGGCUCUCCCUACCGCUACGGCAUCGGACUACACCGUCUUCACCCCCAACCCCAAGGCAGGCUACCUGCAGGCGGCCCUCAGUCAGCUCAGAGGGGCGAUCAAGGAUGUACCCAAGUGUUUGGAGUUGAUGCAGAGGAAAGUUCAGCAACUGAAAGAUGCCCCUUCUCAGCCAGCAUAUCCAGGCUCCACCCCAAGAAAUCAUCCAUACACAGCUGGGAGAGAAAGGGUCACCACUCCACUUGCUGGGCUGAGUCGGGCACGUUCUGGUAUUCAGUCUUCCCCUCCUACCUCAGUGACGUCACAGGGUCAGCCGUAUCAAUUGAUGACUGUCCGCUCCUGUCCUAAGAACUUCCCGAAGACCUCCCAGCCCACCAGGGAUGAGAACCUCAACCCUAGGAUACAGGUAGCAGGUAGUACCCCAUCACAUAGUCAUCCAGGCACAUCAAGGGUAUCUACUAACCCUACUCCUAGGACACCUUGUCAGUCUCAAGUGUCUGCAAUAUCAGGGGUUGAUGUGUCUCCAAGGGUGCUGGCACAGCAUGUGGAGCUAGAAAGAAGAUCUCAGCUCUUGUCUCGUAUCCCUUCGCCUCCACCCCUCUCCCCGCUUCCGUACCCUGCAGCAUCACCUGCCCUGAAGCGCGGUUUCAAGAUACCCUCGCCACUUGUCAGAGGAUCGCAGAAACCGGACCCUGAGAAGUCGCUGAGAAAGCGACUUCGAGAUGAAUUGGAGGAGCAAGAUGACAAAGACUCUGAACAGCAGAGCAAGCAGCAGUCGGAUAUUGGAUUUGAUGAAGGUGAAAACACAUACAAAAAGCAGAAAACAGACAACCACGUAGACACUCCAAAUCAGAAAGAGGUAAAAUCUUCCUCUGACAAUCAAUCUAACCUUGAUGAUAAGAUAAAGGAAUAUGAAGAUAGAUGUGAGGAUGACUUUGGUGAUGACUUGGGUCUAUCUGCAUCAGGUUUAAAGGAACUGGAGAUGAGUUGGUCCCAGUCGGAGCCCUUGCCUGAACCUGCGGCACGAGACCAAACCUUGAAGAUGAACACGUGUCAAGCUGAAGAGGGUUGUCCAUCUAGGAGUAACGACAUCUUGGAUAAGGACAAGGAUGCACUUCCUACAGAUAUGAGCUUAGAAAAGGAUAAUCAUCGUAUUUCAGGGCUAAAAGAUGAGAAGCAUGUAGCUUCUGGUAUUGAAAAGGCUGUGGAGGGGACAGUUCAGGCCUGCAAAGAUGUGGUUAGUGGUUAUGAAACGGAAUGUGACGUUGUGCCAUGUACAGAACCUGUUCAACCCGAACAACUUGCUGAUCAUACAGGUGUGAAUCGUGAUGACCCCACCCAUCCAACAACAAAUAAUUAUAAUGUAACAAUGACCAAUGCAUCUGAAACUACAAGUAUGUGCAAAGUGGAAGACUCCAGUGCUCUUAUUUUGCCACCACAUUGUGAAACCAUUGGUGAAAACGUGGAGGCAAAUGGUGCAGGCAUUAUGGAGAAUGUCAAACAAGUUACGGACAUACCGGAUCAGGUUAGUGCAAACCUGAACGAUCUUGAAAGCGUCAAGGAAACCCUUGCAGCUGAGAAUCACCGGAACUCUGAAGGUUCAGCAUCUUCCAACCAAACAAAGGACGCCACCAAAGAAGACAACUCACAGGGAAGCAAUUUUUCGCAACAAUCCAGAGGUAAUGACUCUUCCCAGAACUCGGUACCUGUGGAUGGAUCGCAGGAUAGCUCUAAACAGGACAAAUCCUCUGGGCCUUCAAGCCCCAAGAGCAACAAGCGGAAGUGUCUUAGUCUUCAAAGAAAGAAAGCUCUUCCUGAGGAGGCUGGUGCUGUGAUCGAGAUCCUGGAGGAUGACAACCCACCCUUGCUCAAGAGAUCCUCCAGGCUCAGACUACAGCAGAAGAAAAGCUAUAAAUUCUAGACCAAGGUAGGGAAUUCACAGCAUAAGUCACAUACGGCUAUUAUCAGUAUUACAGUCAAACCUGCUUUAGCAACCACCUGUAUAGAAAGACCACCUGUCUACAAAGACCACUUUUUUUGUUUCCUUGGAAUAUGGUUUCUCAUUGAA